AUGAAGCUGUGGAACAAGUACAAGGUGACCAGUAUUCCCUCGCUGGUGUUUGUGGAUGCAGCCACAGGGAAGGUGGUGUGUCGGAACGGACUACUGGUGGUGAGAGAUGACCCCAAAGGUAAGUCUCCUCAGUCAGCCUGAGCCUCAGCACUGAGAAACUGCAUGGGUACCAGUACACACACACACACACACACACACACGCAAACAAGAAUACAGUUUAUUACAUGCAAAAUGCCUCGUCAGAAUUUCAUAUUGCAAAGUUUCUGUGCCACAUCCUUCACCAGCUGGAGAGCUGGCCAUAUUUCUCAAUUUGUGUCCUCUUCUGGUAUUGCAUGAACAUUAUAAAAUGCCCCGUCUUACUCCCACAUCUGCAGACCUAUAAUUUCCCUGCUUUUAAGUGGGAGACUGCCUGUUAGCAAGAGCAGACUUGCAUUCCUUUCUGGUAGAGAGAUGAGGAUGUCCUCUCAUGGCAAAAACAUCGCAAUAUUUUGACAUCCUGCUCUUCAGAGCCCUUAUUGCACAACAUGAGAAAGGCCCAUUAGUCAGAGAGGGGGAGAGAGGUAAUGGAGGCAUCGUGGCAGUAGAACCCGUGGUCCGGGGGAAUGGAUUUCACAUGAGCUGAGCUCUAUGACAGAUCCUCUGUCUGUCUGCUUAAUGAAUCCCAGUCUCCAUCCCAGCCCACAAUAUACUACAUACUGUAUUAUUCCCAUGAUUCAUUAACUACCAACUAGAUGUGGGUAAGGAAGAGAUUCAUCUUCUUGCUCCAUCCCCUCCUCUUUCAGAGUUGUUAGAGGGGGUGUGUAGUGUGGUAGCGGUAGCAGAAAGGGGGUGUGUGUGUGUUUGUUUAUGUUGUGAUGAGGAAGGGAGACAGGGGGGUUACAGGCAGGGUAGUAAGAGUUUGAGGUGGGCUGGGGAGGGGGAGGGUGGUUGAGGAUUCAGGACCCUCUCUCUUUCAGCAUUAUGAAAGAGACGUCUUGAGUGGCGGAGCGGAGGAGAAGUUGCCUGCAGCGCCAGGAAGGAGUGCACUUUUACAUUGUGAAUGGGGACAACAAUAAAAGGCUGCAGCAGCAGAGGCAGUGGGGAUGUGUCAGCCCUGCCCAAUGAAGCCCUACAGAGGAACCUUUACAGCCCUGCCUAAUGAAGCCCUACAGAGGAACCUUUACAGCCCUGCCUAAUGAAGUCCUACAGAGGAACCUUUACAGCCCUGCCUAAUGAAGCCCUACAGAGGAACCUUUACAGCCCUGCCUAAUGAAGCCCUACAGAGGAACCUUUACAGCCCUGCCUAAUGAAGCCCUACAGAGGAACCUUUACAGCCCUGCCUAAUGAAGCCCUACAGAGGAAGGCCCACAUAAAGGAACCUUUAAAGCCCUGCCUAAUAAAGCCCUACAGUGGAACCUUUACAGCCCUGCCUAAUGAAGCCCUACAGAGGAACCUUUACAGCCCUGCCUAAUGAAGCCCUACAGAGGAAGGCCCACAUAAAGGAACCUUUAAAGCCCUGCCUAAUAAAGCCCUACAGUGGAACCUUUACAGCCCUGCCAAAUGAAGCCCUACAGAGGAACCUAUACAGCCCUGCCUAAUGAAGCCCUACAGAGGAACCUUUACAGCCCUGCCUAAUAAAGCCCUACAGAGGAACCUUUACAGCCCUGCCUAAUAAAGCCCUACAGAGGAAGGCCCACAUAAAGGGACCUUUAAAGCCCUGCCUAAUGAAGCCCUACAGAGGAACCUUUACAGCCCUGCCAAAUGAAGCCCUACAGAGGAACCUUUACAGCCCUGCCUAAUGAAGCCCUACAGAGGAACCUUUACAGCCCUGCCUAAUGAAGCCCUACAGAGGAACCUUUACAGCCCUGCCUAAUGAAGCCCUACAGAGGAACCUUUACAGCCUACAGCGCUUUAUUUAUGAUUACACCUUUUUAUUUGGUCAUCCCAAAUGCAUUUCUAGUGCUUGACACUGACAAUGAAGACAACUUGAAAAAGAAACGAGAGCAGGAGGGAGGGAAAGAGAGGGGGUAAGGCUAGCAGCGCUCCCUGUCCCUGUAUGGGAAAUUGAAAAGCAUGGCUUUCAAUCGUCAUUAAAACCACAUUUUGCAUCUGUUGUGCGGUCCCAUUUCCAAACGCAGAUGACAUGGAGUACAAAAGAGCUUGUGAGUAGGAGACACGCUGGGUUUAGACGUUUGUAUGACAAAUGCUGGGCACAUGUGCAUGUAUUUCAUAUCUAUUAGCUGUGCCAGGGGGAUGGAGAGAGUGCUCUGGUUUUGAAUGGGGAGUUUCUAGCACAGAAAAAGCUCUCUUCUCUGUUCAAUAAUCAGACCCUUGGCUCUCUCUAUCCUUUCUGCCUAACACCAAACCCUCCCUCCCACCCUCCUUCUCCCUCAUUCCCUCCCUCACCCCCUCUUCACCGCUGUCCUUUUCUCCCCCCCCCCCCCCCUUCUCUCUCUCAGGCCUGGAGUUCCCCUGGGGGCCCAAGCCCUUUGCGGAGGUGGUGGCCGGCCCUCUGCUCAGGAACAACAGGCAGACGACAGACAUCAGCUCCCUGGAGGGCCACUAUGUGGGAGUGUACUUCUCAGCACACUGGGUGAGUGGUGGGGGGGCCGGGAGGGGGACACACACACACACACACACACACACACACACAGGGGGCAGGGAGGGGGCAGGGAGGGAGGAAGGGAAAGGCCCCUCAUUUUCCUUUUCAGGCACCCAGCUGUCCUCUGAUAUGAGAAGUAGCCCUAUGAAAACAGAAAGGCAUCAGUGAAAGCCAGGGUGGCUGGCCACAGCGGGAGGAAACACAGCAGCCGGUAGCCAGGGAAUGGACAGAGUAGUUAGGGGACUUCCAUUGUCUGGGACUACAGUAGCUAGUUAUUCCACUCCUUGCUGUCAUCACGAACUAGUGCCCUUUAAAGUGGGCAGUGGGCGUCAGACCCAUUGUCUCUGUCAGUGCUGGGCUUGCCCAUCCGUGUGAAGGUCAUGACUUGGUGAUGCAUGAAAGGCUUGUGUCACUGAUGAGCUCAGCUGAUGGCACACACACACACAGACACACACACAGACACAGACACACACACACACGCACACACACCCACACACACAGACACACACACGCAGGCCGCAGACGCCCCUCCAGCUGCCAGUGCUGCCUUCAGCUCCAGAGACCAGUCAGCUCCAAGCCAUGAAGCACUCAGACUGGUCCACUUUCCAAACCAAUACAAAUUUGUAAAUUUUAUUUGUCACAUGCUUCAUAAACAACAGGUGUAGACUAACAGUGAAAUGCUUAGUGACGGGUCCUUUUCCAACGAUGCAGAGUUAAAUGUAAAAUAGAAAUAGUGACACGAGGAAUAAAUACACAGUGAAUAACAAUAAGGAGUAAAAAUAACAUGGCUAUAUGAAGGGAGCACCAGUACCAAGUCAAUAUGCAGGGGUACAAGGUAAUUGAGGUAACUAUGUCCAUAUAGAACUACAAAAGCUAGCGUAUAGGUUGUGUAUUAUUUUAAGGCUACAUUCCCCUCUCUUACCAGGUAAAUCCAACCCACCAUUAAGAGACGGUUCCAAGCGUGAAAUGGCCAGCACCUGGCCAGGGGGUUACUUUUUAUGACCUGAAAUGACCCCUUUUCAGGAUAGAGUAGGCGACCCAUUUCCUCACUGACUUUACCCUCGUCAUUAGCUGUGUGUGUGUGUGUGCACAGUGUUUGUGUCACUGAGGCUGAGAAAGAAAAGGAGAAAAUUGAGAAUGGAAAGAGAGAAUAUACUGUAAGAGGGAGAGACUGAUGAGGAGUGAGACUGGUCUGGUUUGUUUUCUUCAGACACAGCUCUGCUGCCGCUGGCACUCUGAUACCAUCUUAAUGCCAGCCGCUCUACUCACCCACACCCACUCACACACACACACACACACACACACACACACUCACACACACACACACACACACACACACACACACACACAUACACACAGCCCCUAGCCAGCCUGGCGCUGCCGCUGGGCUACUCUACUGCCCCUAAUCCUGUAAGGGAGAGACAGGGAGGGAACACAACACACACACUAGACCAGAGACUAUGAAGUCAUGCUCCCUGUUUGACUUGAGAGGGCUCUCAAAACUCACAACAACAAAUGCCUCCAAGCCAAGACCAUCCUGAGUUCCAUCCUGAGCACUUAGGUUCUCACAUUUGAAUGGGCCAGGAAACAAAAUGAAAUGUUAGUCCUGGUUUUUGCUGAAACAUUGGGGUGACGUACUGCAGAGAUGUAGAGAGAGAGAGAGUCAGAAAACACACCCAAGGCCAUGUUGACCUCAACAACUACACAUCUGUUGUCAUCAUUAUAUAUACAGUUGUAUAGGGACUGAUCAAUUUACGUCAUUCUAAUGCCAUAACUUGGUGUGGGUGUCCGUGUGUGUGUGUGUGUGUGUGUUGUCCCUGCAGUGCCCUCCAUGCCGCAGUCUGACCCGGGUGCUGGUAGAAUCAUUUCGCACUGUGAAGGAAUCGGGUCAGAAGUUUGAGAUAGUGUUCGUCAGCGCUGACAGGUGAGACUCAUGCAGUAUUCCCUUCACACACGCAUACGCUCUCUCUCUCUCUCUCUCUCUCUCUCUCUCUCUCUCUCUCUCUCUCUCUCUCUCUCUCUCUCUCUCUCUGUCGCGCGCUCUCUCACUCUCUCUCUGUCGCUCUCUCUCUCUGUCGCAAUCUCUCUCACGCUCAAUCUCUCUCUCUCACGCGCACAUAUACACAGUCUCAUGUUCCUCUGAGCUGUUAAUUGAAUUGACUGAAUAAACGGAGUUGACAGUGGCACUGAGGGUUGUUUUGUGUUUGCCAACCAACGCAGGUCGGAGGAGUCCUUUCAGCAGUACUUCAGUGAGAUGCCUUGGUUGGCAGUCCCAUACUCAGACGAGGCCCGACGAUCACGACUCAACAGACUCUUCGGAAUACAAGGUACAAUACUCUCUGAUGUCUCCUCCUGUACUCAUAUACUGUAGUCCUCCUGGACAUGAGGCUCAGAGUGGGUAUCAAACACUAACUGUCUGGCUUAAUAAUGUGUUGAUGUGGAGAAGCGGCCUAAUGGCAGUCAGCUCUACUCUGUGUGCUGUUCUGUGCUGGGUCUGGGUAGGGAACAGUGAACAUAGCCCUGAAGCUGAAGGAAUGUGGGCUGGUAAUCAAGUUUACUGUUCCGCUCACUGAGUAAGGGUCAUUUCUCUCUCUCUCUCUUUCCCUCUACCCAAGCCUUUUUCUCUAUAAUCCCCCCCUUCUCUCUCGCUAACGCCCCACCUCUCUAUCCCCCUCUUCUUCUCGCUAACGUCCCACCACCAUCUCUCUCCUCUCUCUCUCUCUCUCUCUCUGUCUCUGUGUCUCUCUGUGUGUGUAGAGGGGAGUAGUGUGGUUGUAGUCAAAAUGCUGGCUCAUUGCCUCUUCUGGCUGGUAUGUUCAGAAUGCUUGCAGGACUGGUCGGUACUGCCCCGUUUCCCCAUUCAAACCCCUGCUAUUCACACUGACCCCCACCCAUCACCACAAACACACACCCUUCCUCCCAGCCAAACACACACUGUGCACUCUCUGUCUGUUUCUGAUAAGGCUGUUAAUACGGCAGUGAGAUUGUAAUCUGAAAGACAGUGGGAGAGAAAAGGGUCGGGCGUUAUGAAAGAUCUCCUGAACAGGGGACGCAGCUGGAGUCUGAGCAGAGAGAUGGAUGGAGAGAGGGAGGGAACUGGAGAGAGAGAGAGAGACAGAGAGCAGGGGCCGGUCACACAGAUAAACAGUGGGAAAGAUACAGCCAUACGUGGUGAAAGCAACUGGCAAACAUGGAAAAACAGGAGGGGAGGUGGCAGUGGCAGUGGCAAAAUCUACAAUUCAUGAUUGUUCUCUCUCCCUGUUUCUAUCUCUUUUUUUCUUCCACCAUGCCCCCCCCCCUCUCUUCCCCCCUCUUUCCCUCCCUCCCCCCUCUUUCCCUCCCCCCUCUUUCCCUCUCUCCCCAGGUAUUCCCACCCUUAUUCUGCUGGAUGCGGAGGGUCACAUGAUCACGCGACAGGGCCGUGUGGAGGUGCUGAAUGACCCAGAGUGUCGGCUCUUCCCCUGGCACCCCCGGCCCGUACUGGAGCUCAGCGAGUCCAACGCUGUGCAGCUCCACGAGGGGCCCUGCCUCGUGCUCUUUGUGGGUGAGUAGAUAAGUGGAUGAACAUUUCAAUGUCAGUCCCUACCGUGGACCUCCAUGAGAGGCCCUACCUCGUGCUCUUUGUGGGUGAAUGGAGGAGCAUUCAGCGCUGGUUUCUACCAAAACAAUCCUUCAGACUAUGUAUAGUAAUACAUUCUAAAGAAUAUCGUGCAAGUAGUAAAAGUGAACAGAUCAGUUGUAGGGCCACAUGCUAUUUUAAAGGUUGAGAACAUGCACAAGUAGGGUAGAGCGAAGGAGCAGAAGAAAAUGGUUAUUCUGUCUGUCUGUCUGUCUGUUAGGCUGUUAGCAGUGAGAGAGAUGGCAGAGAUGGAUGCCAUGCUCUACUAAGUGGCUCAGGCCAAAGUGGACAGGACAGCCAUCAGGCCAGAUGACACAAUAAUACAGCAAUGUGAGAAUGGAGUGACCGGGUGCACACUGAUGACCUCAUGAUUUCAGGCCACCCUGAGAUCAGAUCCAAAGGGGUCAGCCACAGACCAUCUGCUCUCCUCCUUUUGUCUCCUCACUCGUCUGCUCAUCUGUCCAUUCACUCACCCCCCCUCCUGUCCUGUUCUCACUUGUCUUUUCACUCAUCUGCUGAUUUAUCUUCACAUUCUUUCUCCAUCCUGGUCUUCAUGCCUUCACACCCAGUUAUCUCUCUCUCUCUCUCUCUCUCUCUCUCUCUCUCUCUCUCUCUCUCUCUCUCUCUCUCUCUCUCUCUCUCUCUCUCUCUCUCUCUCUCUCUCUCUCUCUCUCUCUCUCUCUCACUCUCACUCUCACUCUCACUCAGAUGCGGAGGAGGAGGGAGAGCUGGAGCCGGCAAAGGAGCUGAUCCAGCCAAUCGCAGAGAAGAUCAUGGCUAAGUACAAAGCCAAGGAGGAGGAGACACCACUGCUCUUCUUCGUGGCUGGAGAGGUUAGAUAGUGGAUACAUGCACGCAAGCACGCUGACCUAGAUGAGAAUAUUCACACCUGAUGAAAUCUGUCUUUGCUUCUGGCGUUUUAGUUGUUUUGCAUUCCUGUCUCAUGUACUGUACGUCUCCUCUACUGUGGGCGUCUGUGUGUGUUUGGUUGUUGCUAUGUUCUGGCAUGAUGUACCAUCUGGUUUAGUUAUCACAUAUCAUAAUCCUCUGGUAGAGAACAUGCCUCUACUCAAAAACCGACACAGAAAUAAGCUACAGUAUAAUGUCAGAGGGGCCGUUUCUGAGGGAUGAAACCCCCAUGGCCCAGAAUUCAGCUGGCCGUCUGUCUGAUAAUAGAUGUUCUCCCUCUCUGCAGAACAGCUGUGCACCUCUCCCUCCCAAAUCCCUCAAUCUCCCCUCCAUAUACUCCUGGAUCCUCUAUCUCCCCUCGAUCCAUCCGCUCGCCCACUCAGUGCGGGAGGGAACAUGGAGUUUUCAUAACUCUUAUCUCUUGUUAUUCCUUGUCAUCCUUUCUAGAGCUUGUGGAGUUAGCAGCAGGGGCAGACGUAAUUACCAGAUUAGCUAGCUCCCCUCCUCCUCCUCUCCUCCUCUUCCCCGCUCACAGGGCUCAGAGCUCGGGGAGGUCAGGACUGUGUCCCAUGUCAGAUGAUUUAGGUUUCAGCCUUGGGGGACUGCACAGGUGCUCCCUCUCUGUCCUGUCUGACCCUCUGCAUGGCUGCCUGAGGCCACUCUGCCCUCAUGACAGCCUUGAAAUGCCACGGCCACAGACAGACCGAAGGACGCUCACGUUCACAUGUCACAGACAGGCGCUGGGGCUAAGACUACAUACUAACACCUUCUCUCUUUACCGUUCACUUGUUUGGGGAUUUGUUGCAUAUUGAAUGGUAUUUCUGUUAAUCUGGACUCGACCCAUUCUAAUGAAUGCUUUCUAGGUGCAUGUUCAAUCUGUGCUAGACCAGGCCCUGUCUGCCAGCUGCUGUGCUGGGGAAGGUUUACUGUAUCAGUGAGACAGCACUAUGCUGGCAGCCCCACAGGGAGAGCCUGGCCUGCAGAAAAUGAGAGGGGAUCUCACCCUAUAAGUCACACAUGGGCUGAGAGAAACUGACUGGCAAUCUACAGUAGGACCAUUGGAAGACACCCUAUUCACACAGAACAUUCAUGGGGAUUGAUAUGUGUGAUUGCAAUAAAGAUGUCUACUUGAAUUUAUACUUUUUCUAUCAAGUACACUACAUGACCAAAGGUAUGUGGACACCUGCUCGUCGAACAUCUCAUUCCAAAAUCAUGGGCAUUAAUAUGGAGUUGGUCCCCGCUUUGCUGCUAUGACAGCCUCUACUCUUCUAGGAAGACUUUCCACUAGAUGUUGGAACAUUGCUGCGGGGACUUGCUUCCAUUCAGCCACAAGAGCAUUAGUGAGGUUGGGCACUGAUGUUGGGCGAUUAGGCCUGGCUCGCAGUCGGCGUUCCAAUUCAUCCCAAAGGUGUUCGAUAGAGUUGAGGUCAGGGCUCUGCGCAGGCCAGUCAAGUUCUUCCACACCUAUCUUGACAAACCAUUUCUGUAUGGAUCUCGCUUCGUCCACGGGGGCAUUGUCAUGUUGAAACAGGAAAGGGCCUUCCCCAAACUGUUGCCACAAAGUUGGAAGCACAGAAUUGUCUAGAAUGUCAUUGUAAGCUGUAGCGUUAAGAUUUCCCUUCACUGGAACUAAGGGGCUUAGCCCGAACCAUGAAAAACAGCCCCAGACCAUUAUUCCUCCUCCACCAAACUUUACAGUUGGCCUAUGCAUUGGGGCAGGUAGCGUUCUCCUGGCAUCUGCCAAACCCAGAUUUGUCCGUUGGACUGCCAGAUGGUGAAGCGUGAUUCAUCACUCCAGAGAAUGCUUUCCACUGCUCCAGAGUCGAAUGGCGGUGAGCUUUACACCACUCCAGCCGACGCUUGGCAUUGCGCAUGGUGAUCUUAGGCUUAUGUGCGGCUGCUCGGCCAAGGAAACCCAUUUCAUGAAGCUCCCGACUAAAAGUUAUUUUGCUGACGUUGCUUCCAGAGACAGUUUGGAACUCGGUAGUGAGUGUUGCAACCGAGGACAGACGAUUUUUACGCGCUUUAGCACUUGGUGGUCCCGUUCUGUGAGCUGGUGAGCCAUUGUUGCUCCUAAACGUUUCCAUUACACAAUAACUGCACUUACAGUUGACCGGGGCAGCUCUAGCAGAGCAGAAAUUUGAUUUACUGACUUGUUGGAAAGGUGGCAUCCUAUGACGGUGCCACGUUGAAAGUCACUGAGCUCUUCAGUAAGGCCAAAUCUACUGCCAAUGUUUGCUAUGGAGAUUGCAUGGCUGUGUGCUCGCUUUUAUACACCUGCCGAAUUCACGAAUUUGAAGGGGUGUCCACAGAGGACGUGGUCCUCUGUAGCUCAGCUGGUAGAGCACGGCGCUUGUAACGCCAAGGUAGUGGGUUCGAUCCCCGGGACCACCCAUACACAAAAAAACAAAAAAAUGUAUGCACGCAUGACUGUAAGUCGCUUUGGAUAAAAGCGUCUGCUAAAUGGCAUAUUAUAUUAUAUAUUAAUAUACUUUUGUGUGUGUAUAUGAUGUUUUUUUUAAAUUGACGGUAUUUUCUAUAUAAUUGCCUCUGAGAUAUUUGAGGUGUAGUUGUCUUCUUUCCCUUGACUCUUCCCAGGUUUAGCCAGGAAUAGGAGAUCCUGACAAUAGUUUAGUCUGCCGCCCGUCUCACCUGCUAACCUCCCUGACCUCAGGGUACAAAGGUUGUGUAGACACAAAGGCCUGUGUCACACUGUGUGUUGUGAGCCAGACAGGUUGGCCUCUCCACUAGUUAUUUACGUCCAAGCAGUGUGGUGUUCAUAAAAACACUUGUCUCCUGUUUAUCUUACUGGCAGUACAGUUCAACAGUUAGAAGAAAUGAAACAAUCAUCAAGAAGCCAAUACCCUCACAGGCAAAUCCCUGUAAUUUAUAACAACAAUAUAUCUAUUGAUUAAAUAGUAUGUUACAUAUAACACUUUUCACUAGUUCUAACAGCACUUUAGAAGGGCGUUAUCUUGCAAAGUAUGUAAAGAUACAGGGUCUAGCUGGCCUAUAUCCUAUCCUUUGAUAGUGAUUCUCAGUGACUAUGGGUUUCCUGAGUCUCCCAGUGAUACAGACUGAUAGGCCAUUGUUCAGCUUAUCAUAUCGCUGUGCCGAUUGUAUCCUGAAUUUUACAACGCCUGGAGAAUCCUCCAGGCUCUCAAGCUGACCAAUCAGUAGGCUGCUGCCCAGGCCGUCUGGCCAAUGGGAGCUUCUUAUCUUUGCAGGUCCUUGUCUGAUGACCGUUGUCUACUCAGUGGAAUGCCACAGUGCUACAAUGGGCAGAAUAAACCUGACAUUGUGAAGCAGUAGGUUCCAUACGGUGAACACACACAGGAGCCUUAUCACGGCAGUCAGUCAGUGACUGCAGGCCAGACAUAGCAGAGCUACUCUUUGUUCAGAGCUGGGCUGGAGAGGGCGGGGGCUGGCCUCUCUCUCCUUCUCUCACGGCUGGACUGGUUGCUUCUUAUGAAGAACAGUUUACACAGGGUUAGCAGCUACACAAAGGAAGAUGCAAGACUUCCCACAGAGAAGAAGACAGCCAGGGAGAUUACAUAUCUUCAUACCUAAGAGGCUGGGAGGCCACACUGACAGACAGACUCCUCUGGGAUUUCUCUUUCGGUGGUUCCUUUCUAAGGUGAUGCCCGAGGAUGUAUCUUCAAUCUGAGCUUGCAAGAGAAGCCUUUAGGGAGGAUGUGAGGAGUCACAGAUUUUUUAAGCUUGAGAAUGUAGCUUGUGGCUGCAUGAAUCAUCCAUUAAACAUCCUCAUAAGUGUAGCAAUUACUUUCAUUGGAUUUUUUUAUGAACUCGAAUAGGUUUUAGACUCAAUGAUCUGCUCCCAGAUCAGAUGGUAGAGAUUCAGAGGAAGUGAGCUCUCCAGAUCUUACAUGCCACAGGAUAACUCAACUGUUCUGCAACAAGUUGAGGUCAAACUUUGUGUUGGCAUACAUACUUGUCCAUUUUAGGUAGCAAAGCGGCCAAGCUGCUCUUUGAGAGGUCUGAGAGCUGAUUGGGCAGUUUAAUCCAUUUAGGUUGAAUCGUUUUACUGCCAUUUUGCCAGAUAACAGGAGUGUUAGUCCAAAAAAGAAAGGAAAACAUUUGUGAAAAGCUGUGAUUUAAUGUGUCAAGCCUUUGCGACAGUGCCACCCUAUGGUUAUUUCCUGUAACUUCUGUAUUGUUUUAUAAUCUUUUCCAUAUGAAAUCGCUUCAAUCUUCAAUCUCUUCCAGAGAGGCUUAGUUGAGGGGAAGUCGGCUCAUCCUGUCAUGAGGAAGGGAGAGACCAACUCAUACUAGUCUGGCGACAGGUAGCCUAGUGGUUAAGAGCGUUGAGCCACUUAAUGAAAGGUUGCUGGUUCGAAUCCCCGAGCUGACUAGGUGAAAAAUAUGUCGGUGCCCUUGAGGAAGGCACCUAACCCUCAUUUAUCCAGUAAAUCACUCUGGUUAAGAGCGUCUGCUAAAUUAUGUAAAUGACAUGCUAUUGCAAGUAUUGCCAUAAAGUGCCUGUUAUUUUCUCUCUGAAUAAUUGAUAGCCCCUCCAAGUGAGUGGGCUGGGGAGCUGCUGCCUGUCUGCUGUGGUGUUAUAGUGAGUUAUUCCUGCUGUCUUAUGAUUCUAGGGCCUGUCUGUAAUUCCCAGUUGUUAAAGAGGUGAGAUCAAGCCUGGGGCUGAACAAGGCUUGGAUCUGUGUUUGAGGGCUUGUAAAAAGACAUUCAGGAAGUGACAUAGGUCUGUCCCCACUAACUCUGUCGUCAAAGCUCCACCACACGCCCUUUUUUACUAUUUCUCACCAGACAUGAGGGAAUACACCACUCUUCUUCUCCCCCUCUCCUUCUCACCCACGCGUACACUAUCCAAAUACGCUGUGAUGUGUCUCUGAAGCUUCCCAGCCUUGUAGUCCGUGAGUGAGGCUUUGAAGGGAGGGAUGUUGUUGGACCCCCCCCCCCCCCCCCCCAGUGCAUGACGGAACCCUGGCUAGCUGGGCUCACUGCCUGCAGGAGGAGAGAGAAUAAAGAGAUCCCCAGUCUUCAAAACCAAGCAGACAUUAAUGAGACUAUCACCUUGAGUUGUGAAUUUAUUGAGUAAUAUUGUGUGCUGUCCUAGUUUUAUUACCAAAAUCAAGUCAUAACUGAUUGAAGCAAUUAUGUUUUUAUAUUCGUUCAUAAGGAUGUUAGCAGUUAUCUAGCAAUUCCUUUUCCAUGACACACAGGAUAAACUGUUGUUGAUAAUAUGUAGGCUAGGCUACUUCACAUGUAAUCAUGUCAUCACUUCACUUUGUCAUACAACUCCUUCCCCAGGCAUAACUGCUACCGCAUAUAGACAGGUUUGACAGAGAGCCAGCUGGUAGACAAGAUUGUCAUAUAUGAUCAUGACUGACCUGUCUGUUUGUUCCCAGGAUGACAUGAGUGACUCCCUGCGUGACUACACCAACCUCCCAGAGGCAGCGCCCCUGCUCACCAUCCUGGACAUGUCUGCCCGGGCCAAGUAUGUUAAGGACGUGGAGGAGAUCACACAGGCCGUGGUGGAGACCUUUGUCCAAGACUUCCUGGCUGAGAAGCUCAAACCAGAGCCCAUCUAGAGAGCACACUUAGGGUGUAUCCCAAAUGGCAACCUAUUCCCUACAUAGUGCACUACUUUUGACCAGGGCCCAUACUCCUGGUCAAAAGCAGUGCACUAUAUAGGGAAUAGGGUGCCAUUUGGGACACACACCUAGGAACCUGCGGGACUGAAACCCACACCUCCAUCAAACCCUGACCUCCCGGCUACCACCACCAGCCUCCUCUCCCGUCUCCCCCCUUUGUCAGACUGUCAGAGAAAGGUCUCACUUUUUACUGACAUUAACCUUUUUUAG